GGCACAAGAGGUGAAGGAACACAUCUUCUUCAAGGGCAUUGACUGGCAGCAUGUUUACUUACGGAAGUACCCGCCACCCCUAAUCCCUCCCCGGGGAGAGGUCAACGCUGCAGACGCUUUUGAUAUUGGCUCAUUUGAUGAAGAGGACACCAAAGGCAUUAAGCUGUUGGACUGUGAUCAGGACCUCUAUAAGAACUUCCCACUGGUGAUCUCCGAGCGCUGGCAGCAGGAAGUGGUGGAGACCAUCUACGAUGCCGUCAAUGCCGAUACAGAUAAAAUCGAGGCCAGGAAGAGGGCUAAAAAUAAGCAACUUGGUCAGGAGGAAGAUUAUGCCCUGGGGAAGGAUUGCAUCAUGCACGGGUUCAUGCUGAAGCUGGGAAACCCCUUCCUCACACAGUGGCAGAGGCGCUACUUCUACCUCUUCCCCAACAGACUAGAGUGGAGAGGAGAGGGCGACUCACGGCAAAAUUUACUGACCAUGGAUCAGAUCCUGUCUGUGGAAGAGACCCAGAUUAAAGAUAGAAAAUGCAUUUUAUUCAGAAUAAAAGGAGGGAAGCAGUUUGUCCUGCAAUGCGAGAGUGACCCUGAGUUUGCACAGUGGCUGAAGGAGUUGACAUGCACCUUCACUGAGGCCCAGAGGCUGCUGCGCCGCACCCCCAAGUUCCUCAACAAACCCCGAACCACAAUCCUGGAGCUCUCCAAGCCACCGCUGUGUCACAGAAAUAGCAGCGGCAUCUGA